GGGCCGGGGCAGGACAGAGCAGCGGGCGGCGGCGGGGCCGGGCAGAGCCCCGUGGGGAGGCGGCAGGAGGGGAACGGCGCCGGACAGCCCGGGGACCCGCCGCGGUCCCGAGCCCGCAGGCCGGGCAAGAUGUGGCGGCGCUGGGAAGCGGGCUGGGACGAGAAGAGGGAGCUGCAGGAGCUCAACUCCCGUCUGCGGCUCUUCGUGGGCCGGGUGCGGGAGCUGGAGGAGGAGAACCGCUUCCUGGCGCGGGAGCUGGCGGAGCUGCGGCAGCAGGAGCUGGUGGGGCUCCGGGUGCCCGAGCAGGAGCUGGGCUGGCUGCGGGUGCAGCUGGAGGAGCUGAGCCGGGCGAAGCUGGAAGCGGAGCUGGAGCGGGACGGGCUGCGGCGGGAACUGGCCGAACUGCGGCUGCUGGGCGCGGAGGUGCUGGAAGCGAGGCGCCGCUUGGAGCCGGAGCUGGCCGGGCAGCGGGAGCUGCUGCAGAGGCUGCGGGGAGACUGCGUGGCCCUGGAGGAGCUGCUGCUGCAGCUGCAGGUCGAGCACGGGCAGCUGGCCGAGCGGCAGCGGAGGGAGGCGGUGGAGAUGCGGGAGCUGCGGCUUGACCUGGCCGCCCUGCCGCCCCCCUUGUCGGUGCUGAGCCUGGAGGAGCUGGAGGAGACCUACGAGAUGGUGCUCGGCCAGAGCUGCCGGGAGACCCUGCUGCGCUACCAGGAGCAGAUCCGGGCGCUUCAGGAGCAGGAGGCGCAGCGGAGCCGGGAGGACCUGGAGAUGCUGCGGGAGGAGGGCCGGCAGUGCCGCCAGCAUCUGGAGGAGCUCCGGCGGCAGGGCCAGGAGCUGGUCGGGCUGCAGGAGCGGCUGGAGGAGGAGCUGCUGGCCGGGCAGGACCGCCACAGCGCCGAGGUGGAGGAGUACGAGCGGAUAAUCGACGCCCUAGAAGAAGAAAAGCAGAUCCUGACCAUGUCGAUCACAGACUACCUGAAGGACUAUCAAGAACUACUGCAAGUGAAAGCCGGCCUCAUCCUUGAGAUUGAAACCUACAGGGCUUUGUUGGAAGGGGAGAGCAACCAGUGGAUUAUUACAUGGAGAGAUCAGCUUGCAGGACAAUUGCCUCAAGAUAUUAUAAACACUUCAUAUAACUACACUGAUAUUUACUCUGCUUAUCAAGAAAGAAAUAAAAAUCAAGCUUCACCAGCUGUCAGGAUCACUGAUACAAGAUAUAGAAUACCUGCAGCAAGUAUAAGCAGUUCUGCACACUAUUCAGCUCAGUCAACACAGGCUGGAUCACAGACAUCAGCAAGUGGAAAAGGUUUUGGAAGAGAUGUACUUGGUUCAAUAUAUCGCCCUUCGACAACUGUUAGAACGGAUGAAAGGAUUGUGACAGAUCACAAAGAAUUAAGAGCGUUUACUCCAUCCUACAGCAGCUGGAGAAACACUGAGAUGCAGCAAAAGACAAUUCCAGAAAGAAAGAAAACAGAAGUUACAGCUUCAUCCACAGUAUCUUUUUCAAAACAAUCAGCACACACUGAAAGAUCAGACAAGGACAACAAAGCUGAUAAAAAGCCAGAGAUUACUGAAAAUAUAAGAACAAAGCCAAGCUUCACUAAAUUUCCAAUUUAUGAGCUGAAUACCAAUUUUAAACCAUCUACGUAUGAAGAAACCAUAACCGAAACUCGGACCACGGUAAAAGAAAAAAGAGAAGGUAGCAAACCAACUGACGAAAAAAUAUCUCUGCUGAAAGAAAAAGAUAAGCUCGAGAAACAAACAAAGGAGGAGAAAAAGAAGACAGAUGAGAAGACUUUUGUACAAGAAAGAAGUGCUGAUUUUGGAAGGAAGACUGAGACAAAAACAGGGGUGGAACAGAGAAAAUAUAUCCAUGAGGAAGUCAUUAAUCAGAAGGUAACAGGGGCUGAUAUUUCUAAUGCAAGAACUCUGAAAAGCGAAUCAACCAAAAAAGAUACAGAUGUAUCCAGAAGCAAAGAUGUCAUUGAGAUACCCAUCACUCUUGAAACACCUGUUCCGGACAAAGUAUCUCAGAAGAAUAAAGAAGACAUAAGGUUUCAAGGUUUUAAAACUUCCACAGGAAGAGAGACAGAUGACCAUGUAACCAAGCCUGCUGAAAUUCACAAAGUCAGUGUUACAGAUUCUAGUCUGAAAGAUGAGGAGAGAAUUAGUGACAGAAGUCAUAAAACGGGAACUCUGACAACUGAAAAUAUUGCAGAAAAUAUUGUUGCUGACAUUCUUAAAAGUUUUACACAGUCUUCCAGUUCACAAAUAUCAACAGACACAAAAGUCACUUAUUUUAAUAAGCAAGAACAACCAGACGAUGGGAAAAUAAAGACUAAGACCACAGUGCAAUCUCGAGUUCAGGAAAAGAUAGAUAUUUCUGAUGCUGACCUAGGAAGUCUUUCAAACCAGGAUGUUAGAAAAGUGGUUCGAGAGGGUGUUGAGGGAACUCCCUCCAAACAGAAGAUAGAAGAUAUAGUACAUCAGGGCCUGAAAGGAAGUGAGGGCAAAAAGAAUUUGUCUGUUAAUGUCGAGAUUGUAGAGGAACCACUAGAUUAUGCUGCUGAUGAAAGGACUGAUUUUUCAACACCCUUUGAAGUAGAAGAAGUGGAAGAUACAUUCCCUGAGAGAGAGAAGCGCUAUGGUGAUGAGGAACAAACCAUAACAUUUACACAUGAAGAUCUUAAAAAGAAGAAACAACGCCACGAGAGCUUCACUCAUGUGGAGGAAGUCACCGAGGAAGAUGACUCACCUAUUGAACAAAAAUAUUUUGUAUCUGUUCCCGAUGAUCAUCCUAUUAUUAAUGAAAAAGAUGAUGACUCAGUAUAUGGACAAAUCCAUAUAGAAGAAGAAUCAACUAUUAAGUAUUCUUGGCAAGAUGAAUUCUUGCAAGGCACACAAAGUAAGAGGGAUGAAGGUGUAAGCUCUACAGAAGAAACGUAUCGCGUGGUAGGAGAGGAAGCAAGUGCCCAUAUUUUAAAAGCAGAGCAUCCCAAAGCUGGAACAUCCCAUGUUGAAUCCGUUGUUAUUGAAAAAGAAAUAAAAAUACCCCAAGAAUUUCAGACUUCAAUAAAGGGUCUUUUAUCAAAGGAAACUAAGGACCCUAAGCAUCACUUAAAGGAAGCUUUGGAGCAGUUGGAAGGCAGUCUCCCAGAAAGUGUGAAAGAGGAGCUGUCUGCAUUAACAAAAGAAAACCAAGCUGACUCCAGUAGCUUAGAAUUUGAUAUCAAAAAAGUUGACCAAACAGAUGAGGGAGGCUCAUUGACAAUUGUUGCUGAAGUCAAUCUAUCUCAGACCCUUAAUGCUGAUGAGUUUGAUGUAGCUGAGCUUGGUGAAGUAAUAGCAGGGGAGAAGGAGAAGACAACAUUGCACUCCGUGAAAAAAGAGAGCUCAGAGAGAGUUGUUGAUGGUAAAAGUAAUAUAGAAAUAGAUGUUUCUUCACGCAGUGAUAAAUACACUCCUUUGGCUGAUCAAGAAGUCUACAGUUCAUCCACAGUGAGAAGGAGUGGUGGCACAGGCUAUCAUACCACUGAAAAAGUUACUUAUGAUGGUUCAAUUUUGGAAACUGCAGGUUUUGGAGAAGUCUCCCACUCACCAGAACCAACUGAUGAGAGCAAAUCCAUCAGGCAUAUUAGAGUCGGUCCAACAGAAGUCCAGAGAUUUGAGCAGAUCAUAUAUGAACAGCCUGGUUCUGAAACGUUCGGGCUCAGUGCUACAGAAGAUGUUGUUCAGACAGAAGGCUCAUCGGAGGUGAGCCGGUCUGUGAGGCAUUUUAAGCUGGGUCCUAAAGAAAUCCAAACCACAGAAGAAGUAAUUUUUAGAAGCCCCAGUACUACAACGAUUGAAGAGAUUGAUUCUGGAAAUCUUUCCCAGCAGAAAUUUUCAUCAGAUUUCAGCAGGUCCGCAAGACAGGUUACGGUAGGAUCGAGGCAAGUAACUGAAGAAAUGUCUUUUGGAGAGCCUGCUUCAGGCUCCCUGGAGCUCAAUAGCUCAGAGAAUCUUUCUCAGACAGAAGGGUCUCUGGAUGUCAGAUCAGCAAGGCACUUCAGAUUAGGUCCAAAAGAGAUUCAUACAGAACAAGUUAUCUUUGAAGGACCAAUCUCUGGUAAAGUGGAGGUCAGUGACACCAGAGACUUUUCACAGACAGAAAGUUCAGUGAGACACAUUCAGUUAGGUCCCAAAGAGUUUAUGACAGCUGAAAAAAUCAUCUACCAGGGCCCCAUCACUGAGCACAUAGAAAUCAGUGAAGUGGGAGACGGAACUCUUUCAGAAGGCUCGGUAAAGCAUUUUAGACUAGGUCAGACAGGAGUUAAAACCACUGAGCAUAUCAUAUAUCAGGGCUCCCUUUCUGAAAUCCCAGAGCUUAUUAAUAAAGGAGGACAUCUUUCUGAGACUGAAGGAAGCUCAGAUAUCAAUACAUCUUUCAGGCAUGUUACAAUAAGUCCCGGGGAAACUCACACUGAGGAAAUAGUUUUUACAAGACCCAUUUCUGAAGCACUGGAAGAUCUUUCACAAACAGAAGAGUCAUCUGAGAGCAGUAGGUCCAUAAAGCAUUUUAAAGUAGGAUCCAAAGAAACAUCUUUUACUUUUCAAAUGGAUGUUUCCAAUAUGGGUGGAGCAUCUGCAGUGGCAAGUGGAGAACAGCAAGCAGCGAUGCUCAUAUCUAAUAAGCAAGACCCUUCUUUUAAUCAGUCACAGAUUACAGUUGAAAGUGACCACACUGUAGAAAAUGAAAGUAAAAGAAGUGGUUAUAUUCUCUCCAGUUUUUCCCAAGGUCAUGGUGAAAAGGUAGUGGAGGAGUCUGUUUUUGAUAAAACUGUACAAUUGCAAAGAAUGGUAGACCAAAGGUCAGUUAUUUCAGAUGAAAAGAAGGUUGCUCUUCUCUAUCUGGACCAUGAGGAGGAAGAUGAUGAUGAGAAUGAUGGACAGUGGUUCUGAAAGGACACUUUAAUGAAGUCUACUUGGUAAUUUGUUUAUACAGGUUUUGAUUAUCCUUUUUUUUCAAGCAGGAAAAAAAGGGAUGGGGAGACAUUCAAUCUGUCUAGAUACUAAGAGUGGACUGAGAAAUAUUGAAUCUAAGCCUCUGCCUAUUCAGCACACUUUUUACUCUACUGGAAACUAUAUUUUUGGGAGAAAUCAUGCUAUUAAUGUGUUUUUCCAGAUGUAUUUCCAGUGAUUUGAGAUUUUUCCACCUGUAGAGACAGAAAUUUACUAGUGAGGAAUUCAAAGGAUUGUAAUUUUGUUUGUUUUAUAGCAGGUUAAUUAACAAGUGUGUAUUUUGAAUAGGGUUUUUCAAUUUGUGAAUACUGUAUUCUUCUUGGUUACUGAAAUAUUCAACAAUUCUCUUUUAAGCUACUAACCACAAAUAUAAGAGGUCAUGAGACUAAUGAAAGUGGUAGGUAGCUGGUUUUCAGUUCCAUUUCUGUGUACUUGUAUGCCAUACCUAAUGAAGUCAUUGUAAGAUGAGAUAAAAUUACUACAUCUAUAACAACUAAAAAAAUUUAUUAGGAUGAAACUAUGCAUAGCAAGAAAUGACAAAAAUGGUAUUAUUUGUAUAGCUACAAUGUAAUGCAAAAAAAACAAGAGGUAACACUGAAGCAAGAAUUUCUCAUGAUAUUCCUAGUGAGAAAUAUUGAUUUUUAUGGUUGCAGAGUACAUUUAAUAUUUUUGAAAAAUCCAAUUUUAAAAAUAAGCUAGAUAGUAUUUCCACUGAUGUAAGGAGAAGAACUCUUUACAGCUUCAGUGUCUACACACAUUAACAGCAUCAAGUUAUUUUGCAGUAUAUUGAUUACCUUGACACAAGGUAUUGCUAAGGAUAAGAGCGAAGUGUUAAACAUAGUGCGUAAUUUCGUAACAGUGGAAUUAACUGAAACGUUUUCCGUUCUGAAGAAAAAAUGUAAAAAUGAUAUUGAUCACGUCUAUGAUCACCACGUGUCAGGUAAUUUCCAGAUAAUCCUUUCUUUGUUUACAAUUGAGAUGUUCUUUUUUUUUUCCUAGCCCUGCAAACCCAACCUGAGAUUUCAAUCCCCCCCUGCUUUUUUUUUUUCUUUUUUUUUUCCUUUUUAUGGUUAUAACAUUUUUAUCAGGCCCAAGUUGGUUUCUACUUAAACCAUUUGAAAAUAGGCUAACUCACUUGGAUUGCACAAGGGUUAAGUGAAGGAUAUAAUUCAGUUUUACAAUUGCAAUUCAGUGACUUCAAAGUCCAGAUCGGAAGCCAGAACCAGUAACUGUACUGAACUGUGCAGUGAUAGCAGAAACAAAAAUAGCAGCAAAAAUAUUUUUGUCACUGGGGUAAGAAGAUACGAUACUGGACACGUGUAAGAAAUAUGAAUCAUAGAGAAAUGAAAAGCUGCUAUGUUUGCUCUAUUCACAUGCACACACGCACAUUCACUCACUCUCACACUUUCUCUGCAGAGCAUACACACCUGUAUCCGGAUGGCUCUGGUGUGCCAGUCUGGUAGUCUCAGAAUUAUUUUCCUGUGGUUCUGUAAGCAUAGUUCUGUGUGUGCUAACCCAGAUUAGAAUCUAGUGAAACUAUCUUAGUCUGGCAUGGAUAUUCACUUUUCAGAUUCUUUAAUAUUAACAGAAGCUAGAUUUUUCAAAACUGACUGCUACUUUAUAAUAUGAAUGUAAAUGCAAAGCUAAGGAGAAGCUACAUGCUGACUGACAUAUCAUUCUGUUUCAGAUAUGGGACAGAUUAAUCACUGUGUGCCUUAGUAACUGAAUUUAAAGCUGUAUAAAGUAUAUUUAAGCUAUUAUCAGUGUUCUGAAGACAAACUCUGGAGGUUUGUUUGCAUUACAAAAUUUUCAGUAUAUUUUCCUGACUUUAUAUAAAUGCAACAGCAUGAGUGCCAGUGUUGAUCAGGAAUGGAUAUUUUUUCAGUUAUAUACUAUGAAAUCAUUUGUUGAAAUUGGCUGUGUAACACACAGCUGGAAAACGAAUAGGAAACUGAGGUGUGUAGAAGCACUAAAGGCAUGUAUGCUGAGCUUAUUUAUACUGUUCACUGUGUAAUAAUAAUAUUUUUUAAAAUUAUGCAUACGUGCUUAUAAAAGAUCCUGUGCUUCCAUUUAUAAAUAGGAUGUUAUUAAUUGUCAUACUUCUAAUAUCAUCCUAUACUUUUUUCUUAGCUGACCAUCUACUUUUUAAAAAUGGUAACGUGUUUAUUUUAAUAAUUGCAUAUAAACCAGAAUUUUCCAGCUAGAUGCCUAACUGUAAGCAAAUUCUGUACUUCAGGUAGUAAAUAACUAAAUAAAGAAAGGAGUCAGGUCUAUAAUAAGCAACAGAGUUAAAAUAAUAAUUAAAAAAAAAAAAAAGUGUUAAUAUUCUCAAAGUUUGAUUCUAAACUAUAACUUAAAUGCUUUCUGUAAAAUAAAUCUAAGAAUACCUGCCGAGAAUGUAUUUUGUAAUAAACAAAAAGCUACUUACAAGGUCAAUCCUAUUUAUUGAUACCUUGUGGAAGUUUUGACAGACAUUCUUCUUAAGGACAUCUCUACCAACACUCUGUUGUGUUUAUCUUCACCUGCUCUGCAGCUUAUGUCAACUGAAGGAAUAAACCAGUAAGGAGCAUGUGAAUCACGAAACACAGGUGUCCUUAGAACUGCAGGAGAAAAAAAUAAAAAUAGUGUUGUUUCCAUUGAGGCAAUAACACCUCUUCUAGAAUUCCUAUUAACAUCACUGUCAGGUAUAGUAGAUUAUACCAAGAUACAGUACUGGUUUGAUUGUCUGGAGAGACAAAUUUCUUUAGUGUAUUUUUUUUAGUUCCAUUUAAGAUCAGGAUUUUAGUGAGCUGUUGGAAAGCUAGUUUAGUCUAGGGAAUUGUCAAUGUGCAUUAGCAUAACAUUUAAAUAUAUGCACAGUUCCUUUGCAAGAAUACUUUCAGGCUGUGAAAACAAAGAAACCUUAUACCUAUGAAGAAACGUGUAUGGAUGGUAUAAGUUUUAAAAACUUUUAUAUAAGCAGCCAAUUUUCCAUUUAGCUCUCAUCAACCUGAGGCAUUUUGGCAUAAUGACAGCUUUUGGCUAACACUACCUCCAGGCAACAAAACAUAGUUAGGUGGACAAUCGCAUCCUGCAAGCCUAAGAGUCACAUUUGCAGAAUCAGGGCCAUAGGUACAUGUGUUACUAGUAAGAGCAAAUAUACCUUACUGUGUAAUGUACUAACUCACCCUAUAGAAUCACUUUCUGCAUAAGUAUUAUAACGUGGCUGAAAGGAUUGGUGAUAUAACCUCGGUCAGCAUGCGCUUCUGAAGCUUGCUUAUAUAAGCUGUGCUUUUCAUUAAAUACAAAAAAGAAUUUUUAUGCUGUUUGGAUUAGGAAAAAAAAAAAAGCUUUUAAAAUAAUAAUGACUAAUUUGGGGGUAAAAAACUAUGUAUUUAUAUGCUGAAAUAGAUCAGAAGUGGGUCACUCUUUUCUAAAUGUGUAAACCACUGGUCUAGGAAUCAAAUCUAGAAAGAUGUGUGAGAGAUCUAGAACUCUGACUGUUUGUGAAUAGCAGGUGUUUAAAAAGACGGUAAGAAUGUUGAAACUGGGUUGUUGAUGUCAGCUGUAUGAGACUGCAGGCAGCUUGUGUUUUGGUUAUUUGCAAUGAAACUGCAUUUUUGUGGUGGUAUAAGCUUUGUGAUUUUACACUUUUUCACUCUUGAGUAUUAAACAAUCAAAAUCAA